AUUAUCAGUACCUCUUUCACAAUGCUUUCAAACUUGUUGUUGCUCAUUUAUAUAAUAACUUCGUCUUUCAUUUUCACUACUCAUUCAUAUAACCACAAAUGCCUUCGUCACCAGGAAAUCAUGUUGCUUCAACUCAAGGAUGAGCUGAUCUUCGAUUCUUCUCGUUCGACAAAACUGGCGCGAUGGAAUGAAAGUGGCGAGUGCUGCAAGUGGCACGGUGUGGAAUGUGAUGCUUCUGGCUACGUCGUUAGUUUGCAGCUCAACGAUGAGGCCAUUUAUGGUGGAAUUGGGGAUUCGUCGAGCCUCUUCAAAUUCAAAUAUCUGCAGAAGCUUAACCUUGCCGACAAUCACUUCGACUCUGACACUGAUCCCAUUCCAAGAGGUAUUGGAAACCUGACCUAUUUGACACACUUGAAUUUGUCAUAUGCCGGUUAUGGUGGGCAGGUUCCUUCUGAAAUUUCAUCCUUGACGAGACUAGCUAGUCUCGAUAUCUCCAGCGACUAUACUCUAUGUCUUGAGCACACAAAUUUGGAGAUGCUUGUCCAUAAUCUAACAGAGCUUAGAGAGCUCCAUCUUGAUCAUGUCUACAUUUCUUCCUUGCAUGAAAGUAAAAAUUGGGGCCAUAUUAUAUCAUCACAUUUACCCAACCUCACAUCUUUGAGCAUGGUUGGUUGUUUUCUUUAUGCCCCUUCGCCUAAACCCUUUUGGCAACUUCAUUCCCUUUCUAUUCUUCAACUAGAUCAGAACGAUCUUUCAGGGGUAACACUUCAUGACUUAUUCACUAAUUUUCCAAGCUUGGCCACCUUGACUCUUUCUAGCUGUAGUUUAAAGGGUUCAAUUCCGUCCACCUUUGUUAACCUAACAAAGCUGAUUCAUGUCGAUUUGUCACAUAACUCCUUCACAAGCUCACUUCCUUCUACAUUGUUUGCUAACCUAACGAAGCUGAUUCAUGUCGAUUUGUCACUUAACUUCUUGACAGGCUCACUUCCUUCCACAUUGUUUGCUAACGUAACGCAGCUGAUUCGUGUUGAUAUGUCACAUAACGCCUUCACAGGCGCACUUCCUUCUACAUUGUUUGAAGGACUUUCCAAUCUAGUUCAUCUAAAUCUGAGGCGCAAUUCAUUCUCCGGUAACAUCCCCCAAUCUCGUUCUGCUCUCCCAUCAUUGUUGGAACUUGAUCUUAGUCACAACCAUUUUAAGGGCACUUUUCAACUAAGCCUUCCCAAUCUCACAUUGCUUGAUCUAUCCGGCAAUAGCUUGUCGAUAGAUGCUGGCAACGUCAAUUCAAGUUCACAUGAAUGUCUUAAAUUAAAAGUCUUACACCUAAACUCAUGUAACUUGUCCAGUUUUCCUGAUUUCAUCAAACAUUUGGAUUUGGAAGCAUUGGAUCUCUCAAAAAAUCGUAUUACGGGGGAAAUACCUAGUUGGAUUUGGGGAACACAACUUUGGUAUUUGGACCUCUCCUUUAAUCUUCUAACAAAUCUGCAAAAGCCUUAUUAUAUCCCUGCUUCUGUUCGCGUCGUAUACUUGCAGUCUAACCAGCUUAGGGACGAGUUGCAUCUGCCCAUUUCAUUUGAAUCUGAACUCUUUUACUUGUAUCUUGCUGAUAACAACCUAAGUGGAUCGAUUCCAACCUCCAUCUGUAAUGCCACACGACUAUAUAAUCUUGACUUGUCUAGAAAUAAAUUAAGUGGACCAAUUCCAACUUGCCUAUGCAAUGCCACACAACUCAAUUCUCUUAGCUUGUCUGGAAAUAAAUUAAGUGUUAUAAACCUUGAGGAGAUCGAUUUGAGUCGUAACAACAUCAGCGGCAGCAUACCCCCUUUCCCACUUGUAAGGAUUAUGGUGCUUGAUCUGAGUCAAAACAACAUCAUUGGUAGCAUUCCAGAUAUUUUCCGUACGGAUUAUUUUUGUAUGCUACGUUAUUUGGAUCUUAGCUAUAAUACUUUAGAAGGGAAGAUCACAAAGUCUCUUGAACAUUGCAUGUGGAUGGUGUACAUGAAUGUUGGGAACAACAUGAUAAACGACACUUUCCCAUGCAUGCUCUCAUCUGGCUUGGCUGUUCUUGUUUUGCACUCCAAUAGAUUCCAUGGGCAAGUAAGAUGUCACAUCAAUUGGCUGAAUCUCCAAAUUCUAGAUAUAUCUUCAAAUCAUUUUAGUGGAAGUCUUGAGUCAAUCAACUUCUCUAGUUGGAUGACUAUGGAGCUACCUAGUGAUAAGAGAGGCGUCACUAGUUACAAGUUGCCUAGCUCCAUGACAUUAAUCGUGAAAGGGCAAAUGGUAGAUUUUUACAAGAUUUGGAAAGAUUUUAGUACCAUUGAUAGUUUCUAUGGAAAGUUACCAAAUGCAAUUGGUGAUCUUACGUCACUUCAUCAUCUUAACUUCUCCCACAAUGCCCUCAAUGGAAGCAUCCCAAAGUCAUUUGUUCAACUGAAGAAUCUCGAAUCACUCGACCUCUCUGUGAACCAACUAGCAGGCUCGAUCCCGGAGGAGCUCGGAGGGCUCACAUUCCUUGCACACUUGAAUCUCUCCUACAAUAUGUUUGUUGGGGCGAUCCCAAAUGGUCGUCAAAUUCAAACAUUCUCAGCUGAUUCAUUUGAAGGAAAUUUGGGGCUAUGUGGUUUGGCUCUCGACAUAAGCUGCAGUAAUAGUAAUGUACCACCACCGGGAUAUGAUGAAAAUGGGGAAGAGAAGAGGGAGAUACAGUGGGAAUACGUGUGUGCUGCGGUUGGAUAUGUUGUGGGAGUAGGAAGCAUUGUGUGGCUACUUUUAUUCUGUCGAAGCUUCAGAGAGAAAUACUUUGGCAAAAUUGAAGAGGUUGUUGAAAACAUGUUCAUUGCCAGAGACAUGAGAAGAAGACGUGCAAGAAGAGCAGCAGCAGCAAGGAAUCGAGUCAGGAGGCAAUAAUGUUGGAAAUGUUAUCUGCGUUUUAUGUAAGAGAGUGAAAUAAAAGGAGUUUAGCUUAGCAUGUGUGAUUCCCUGUGUGUUUAUUGAAUCUUGGAAUGGAAUGAUGAAAGAGAAGGCAGUUUGUAUUAUUUUCACAGAAAGAAGCACUAAAUGAAAUAUUAUUAGAGUUGA